UUAUUAUUACUUCUACCUUAUAUAUUAAACAGUCUAAAUAUACUUGUAUUUCCAUGUUUGCUUUGAUCUGACUGUUCAUUGAUAUUUUUUCCUACCAGUUCAUAUUUGGACUUGGUUUAUGACAUGCCCUCUAAAGCUGAUCUUAAUGAUGUUGAAUGAUCAUGAUGGUGUGAAGUGCAAGUAGAGGAUGGUUGGUGUUUCCUUCUCAUCAGUGUUAUUAGCAUUAAAGCUCAUACCCAUUGUGCUCUACAUCACAUUAUGCAAAAUAUAUGUAAUCAUUUAUGAUGCAUGUGGCCACCGACAAUUGGGGAAGAAGUGCUGUUAGUAGCACCCCUAAUGGUAGGAUUUGGGAAAUCAGUUCAUUUCCCAACUGACAUGAAAAAGAAUUGCCUUCAUCAGUAUGAUCUUAGCUAGAAUAGCAGGUUUUGACGACGUCUCAAACAAGAAUGGCCUUCAACUAAGCUAAUUCAACAGUUCAUGAACCGUGAAGGAUUGUUAUUUUGAUUAAAAUACAACUAGCGACAUUCAGUUGACGCUUAGUUUAAUAUUGUCCUUAACGUUUAACACCAGGAACAGAUAUCGGUGAAGUCUGGUAGACAAAAGUUUUAGUUUAGAAAAGGUAUGAUUUUUUCCCCCCGGUGCCAUGGCCAGUGUAGUAUAGCAGCUAACGCUAGUUCAGUCCUCAGAGGUGGAAAAACAAGGAAGUACCGGUGUCAGACCACGGCAAGGAUGGCGCUUCGGACAGUUGGGAGUCGUUUGUCGCACUGUCGGAAGAACUGUUUCAAGACUGUCUCUAUCCAGACACUUGGAGUUGUCAAAUUCAAAAGAACCUGUCCAGUUGAAGUGAGCCAUCUGGAUCAUUUGGUUCUAACAGUGAAAAGUGUGCCAGACACCGUCAACUUUUAUACCUCAAUCCUUGGCAUGGAGGUCAUCACUUUCAAGGGAAACCGUAAGGCCCUUGGUUUUGGGCAGCAGAAGUUUAACCUUCACCAGCUGGGUCAGGAGUUUGAGCCCAAAGCCAAGCAUCCAACCUCAGGCUCUGCAGACCUGUGCCUUAUCACCAAAACCCCUCUGGCUACAGUAGCGGCACAUCUGAAGGUCUGUGGAGUCCCGAUAGAGGAGGGUCCAGUGGAGAGGAGUGGAGCUGUGGGGACAAUCACCUCUCUUUACUUCAGAGAUCCAGACCACAAUCUCAUCGAAGUGUCAAACUAUAACCAGUCAACAUCAGAGGGAUCUUCUUGAGACUUCUUUGGCCUUGUUUGGGAAUGCACGUCAAUGCAUCCAAUCACUGCACUAACUCUUGUCUGUUGGACCCAGUUUGCACAAUUAGACUUUCAGCUAUGAAAUUUUGAGACCAAAAUGACUGUAAUUCAAACACAUGUACUAUUUUUUGACUUGGGGUGGAUAACAUCAGUUGACUGUGCCUCUUCCUGUGCAGUUCUGCUGACCAAUGGUUGCAGUUUUAGCACUCUUAAUUCAGAAUAAAACGUAAAAAAUCACUUGAAGAUUUUGAGCUAUAUGACCAAAUGUAUGAAGAAUUUGUUUUACUUUGUGCAGAGAAACACUUAUAAGAAUCAUUGUUUUUUAAGCUGAAAAUAAAAGGUUCUUCCAUGUA